UCCGCGGUACUCCAUCAGUCUGAAAACAAAUCAAUAAGUGAAUACUUCUAAGCAAAUUAUAUUUGCGCCUUACCUUAUCUCUUGUGAGAUAUUACUGUAAUUUGUGAAGUGAUAAGUGAGAAUAUCAAGUACAAACAUGUCUCUCAUUCCGAUGUUAUUUUCUAACUGGUGGGAAGACCUAGAUCGACCACAUCAUCUUUUUGAUCAACAUUUUGGACUUGGAUUGAACACCCAUGAUCUUGCUCGUGAAUUAAGAUCAGAGCCAAGUUUACUAGUGUUUCGUCCAGGAAGAAGACACCACCAGUACCAUCCUUAUGAAAAAUCCAUCGCUCGUCGCUCAACUGGAGGAGUAUCUACUCUACAAGCUGACAAAAAUAAAUUUCAAGUAAGCUUGGAUGUUCAGCAAUUCGCUCCCGAGGAAAUCAACGUCAAAGUGUCGGGACGUCAUGUCAUUGUAGAAGGAAAGCAUGAAGAAAAACAAGAUGAACAUGGUUUUAUUUCUCGACAAUUUGUGCGCAGAUACAUGAUUCCAGAACAGUGCGACAUCGAUCAAGUGGAAUCACAUCUUUCAAGCGAUGGAGUCCUCACCAUCAUGGCGCCCAAAAAGAAAGCGCUGGAAGAUAAAUCAGAGAGAUCCAUUCCAAUCCACCAAACUGGUCAGCCAGCAAUUACUGAUGCUGAAUCUGCCAAGGGUAGUGAAUCUAAAGAAUCACCACCUCACAAGACUCCAGUAACUAGAGCUCAGGAAAAAGCGUCAAAGACUGUUAAAGCAGCUUAAAAAUAUCUUAUAAGUUAGACUUUUUCAUUUUCAUUCAUUUUUAAUUUAUUUAUCAUUUCUCAUGUUAUAAACAUGUCAGUUUUUUGUGAUAAACUAUAAAAAUUUUAAGAAAGUAUUCUAAAUAACUUGUUUCGUACAAAUAGAUGUAUGACUUAUGUAAGAUUGUUUUGUAUUAGAAUUUUUCUAAUAAAAUGUGUGACUUAAAAAUUAAAAAAUGCCU